AUGGUCGACGAUGUAGAAGACUGUGAUGGUAAAGUGAUGUCGCUGGAGAUGCCGCAGCCAGUUUCCACGUCGGAUACCAGUCGCAACAGCAUAGUGCGUCCCACGUCCGAGAUUCCAAUCAACCGAAGAGAGGCGAACACGUCUGCAGAUGAAGUUGGUGGUGCACAAGAUCCAAGUUUGCUUCUGUUCUCCAAUUACAGACGUUCCGUCACUGAAUGUACUGAACACUCAAAUCGGAUGAAAUCAAACCUACAGUGUCCAAAUAUUCAAUGCGUAUGUAACCGUAACAAUGGAAUUCCCGAGGCCUUUGGAAGUGGAGCUGGCAGCAAAAAUCCAGAUGCUACUGGACGACGAUUGGCUACUGGGUCAGUGCCCCGGGCCAAUCGGAGCUUGGCUUUGGGUAGCACAAAUAAGCGGCCCGUCUUCUGA